AUGUUCAAUUCAAAAAUUAAAUGGUUUCAUGCUAAGCCUAAAACAAUAGAAAUGUUAAGAAAUGCUAUUAAAAAACACAUAACUUCAACAGAUUUUCAAAUAUUUUAUAAUAUAGGAUCACAUAUAUCUAAAGGUCAAAAUAGUUAUUGCUAUGAAUUCAUAUAAAAUAAUGAUGAUAAGUUGAAUUAUGUUGUAAAACUUAUAAAAAGAGAAUAAAUAGGAGACUUGAACUAAUUAUACAAUGAACUAAAUAUACUUAAAAUAUUGAAUCAUCCAGGACUUCCAAAAUUUAUCGAGUUCUUUAAAACAAAUAAUACUUAUUAUAUUGUAAUGGAAAGGAUAGAGGGAUAAAAACUGAGUAGAUUGAAUUCAACAACAAAAUAAUAAUUAAGUUUAAUUUAAAUAUAGUAAAUUAUAAUUGAGUGCUUAAAGAUUUUAUAAUACUUAGCACAAAUAUAAGUUAUUCAUAGAGAUAUUUAACCAGAUAAUAUUAUAUAUGAUUAAAAGCUCUAAAAUGCAUCAGUUAAAUUGAUUGAUUUUGCUAAAGCUACUAUUAUAGGAACUGAUCAAAAAAUAUUAGGUACUCCAGGAUUCAUAGCACCUGAAAUUUUAAAGGAAAAUAAAUGCUCUACUGAUUCAGACAUGUUCUCUUUGGGUUGUGUAUUUUAUAAAUUGUAUACUAAUUAAUUAAUUAAUUAAUUUUAGAUUAGUCAAAUAAGAUUUAUUUUAAGGAGUCAAUAGAGAAGAAAUUAUGAAAGAAAACCAAAAAUGUUUAUUUAAUCUUAAAAAUCUUCAAUUAAUUCGAAUUCCAUAAAGUGCUUAACAUUUGUUAUCUUAAAUGUUAUCAUUAGAUCCUAAAUAAAGAAUUAAACCAAAUGAAGCUAUAAAUCAUCAUUUCUUUAAAGAAUCUAUCGAUAUUAGUUCCUCUCCUAAGUUUAGUACCAGAAAUUUAUCAUUAUCUAAAUCUAUAAGAAAUUUGGAAGCAAUUUUGACAAGUCCAACAUAAAAUUAAUAGAAUUUAUUGGAUUAAUAGAUCCUAAUUGAUUACUUUUAGAAUGAAUUACCACCUAUCAACUAAGUUCCAGUGAUGAAAUAAGUUAAAGGAGGAUACCGUUUUACAAAUUCAACUGACACCAAUACUUAAAAGAAACUAAAGACUGAAAAUAAAUUGAAUUGA